AUGGUGUUACAUCGUUCCAUCUCCCUAGUAUUACUACCAUCUAAUCUUCAACCUUCGUGUUUAACCGGAUAUGGCAGAGGUUCAUCGUUCAUUUUGAGGUUCCCACCUAACUCAGCUCUUCAACUGAGCACUAAGGCUCGCGGAAACUGCAACAACGUCAGUGUGGCUCAGACCCUCGUGGCUAAGUGGUCCAACAACAAUCCGGGGUCUGGUUUGACCUCUGUUCCUGCUGUAACGUCCGUGGAUGAGGAGGUUUUGGUUGCUGCUGAUGAAUCGGUUAAAGAGAUGGUAUCAGAGGAUGUGACACAUAUGAAACCUUCAUUCUUGAAAUCAAAUGGGAGCUUAACUGUUCAUGCUGGUGAAAGAUUAGGUCGUGGCAUAAUCACGGAUGCGAUCACAACUCCUGUAGUCAACACAUCUGCCUUUAUUUUCAAGAAAACUGCUGACGUUCUUGACUUCAAGGAGAAAAGAGUUGUUCGUCAUGAGUAUGGUCGUUAUGGAAACCCAACUACACUAGUACUUGAAAAGAAGAUUAGUGCACUUGAAGGUGCUGAAUCAACUUUGGUUAUGGCAUCUGGGAUGUGUGCAAGUACUGUUAUGCUUUUGGCUUUGGUACCAAGAAAUGGACAUGUUGUGACAACUACAGAUUGUUAUAGGAAGACAAGGAUUUUCAUGGAGACUUUUCUUCCUAAGUUGGGAAUCACUGUGACUGUAAUUGAUCCUGUUGACACCACAAGGCUUGAAGCUGUGGUGAAUAACCAGAAGGUUGACAUGUUCUUUACUGAGUCCCCAACAAACCCGUUCCUUAGAUGUGUGGACAUUAAGUUAGUUUCAGAAAUCUGUCACAAAAGAGGAACACUUGUUUGUAUAGAUGGUACAUUAGCAACACCUCUGAACCAGAAAGCACUUGCUCUUGGUGUUGAUCUCGUUGUCCACUCUGCUACAAAGUACAUUGGAGGCCACAACGAUGUUCUUGGUGGAUGCGUUUGUGGUUCGAUGGAAUUGGUAUCCGAGAUCCGAAACUUGCAUCAUGUUUUGGGAGGCACACUUAACCCGAACGCUGCGUAUUUACUUAUACGAGGCAUCAAGACUAUGGAUCUACGUUUAAAGCAACAGAACUCAACCGCUUUGAGGAUGGCACAAGUCUUAGAAGCACAUCCCAAGGUGAGUCGUGUUUACUAUCCAGGCCUUACAAGUCAUCCCGAACAUCACAUAGCCAAGAGACAAAUGACUGGUUUUGGUGGUGUGGUCAGUUUCGAGAUCGCUGGAGAUCUCGAGACUACAAUAAAGUUCGUUGAUUCUCUGAAGAUACCUUAUAUUGCACCAUCCUUUGGUGGCUGCGAAAGCAUCGUGGACCAACCUGCCAUAAUGUCAUACUGGGAUCUACCACAAGAGGAGAGGCUUAAAUAUAGAAUCAAAGACAACUUGGUUCGCUUUAGUUUUGGUAUUGAAGACUAUGAUGACGUCGAGGCUGACGUUCUUCAGGCUCUUCGUACCAUCUGA